UCCAUUGUUUUGGAAAAUUCAACAUGUCUGCCGACGAGGACACCGAGCUCAGAGAUUUAGUCGCACAAACACUUGAAACCAAUGGUGUUUUGGGGAAAAUUAGGGCUCAGCUGAGAGCUAGUGUGUUUUUAGCACUAGAAGAACAGGAGUCCAUUCAGAAUAAAACACCAUUCCAGAAUCCAGACCUGAACAAAUUUGUAACAACAAAAGAAGGUCAAGCUGUAGUAGGACUAGUGAGGGAAUUCCUUGAUUUCUUUAAUCUAGAGUUUACACAAGCUGUCUUUGAACCAGAGUCUGGUUGUAACACAACAUAUGAAGGUAGAAAUACCUUGGCUAAACAGCUCAAUAUAUCUGAGAACACUGGAGGACCAAAAGUACCUCUUCUUGCUGAAAUAUUGAAGAGACCUCAAGGGGAGAAAACUAGUGUGGGAAGACCUAUAGGCAUCGAGGGAAAAUCUGGUGAAACUGAUGCACACACCACUAUACCUCAGGAACUCACUCCAAAACAGCUGGCAGAUGCUAGAAAGAAAUUUGAAUAUUAUGACAGAGACAAGAAUAAUGAGAUUGACAAAGAAGAAUUACGAGAUUUAUUUACUGAUAUGUUCCCAAAUUUUAACAGAAAUAUGUUGGACAGAUAUGUGAAUGAUGAAUUCAGGGCAGCUGAUAGAGAUAUAAGUAACAAAUCAUAUUUUUCGAUUACUAGCAAAGGUAUCAGUUUUUCUGAGUUUCUUUCCAUGUAUAAGAGACUGUUCCUACAGUGUAGAAGUGUCGUGUCUGGGGACGUUUCAGAUAUUCUAUCACCAGCAUCAAAUAAAUCUCUCUCCUCACAUAUUAGCAAGGCCAGUAAUUCUGAAAGAUCUGAACGCAGUUUAGUCGACUCAAGAAAUCAAAGAAAUCUGGAAAAUGGUCCAAAGCAAUUAAUACAGGACAAUAAUAAUACUGAUACAGAGGAAGAUUUCUUCGACGAUCCGGUUCCCACCUCACCAAGCACCGGGUUUAAGGCUUAUGGCAGUAAGGGCGAUAGCCCUUCUGAAGGAAAGAGAGGUGGCAAUGGGCGACCAUCACAAAUACCGGUGUUUUCAGCCUUACGGAGGGGUGAUUAUUUCAUGUAUUUUUGUGAAGACAAGAGUGAUAAAUCAGAGAGUAAUGGAAUUGGUGGACAGAAGACUGGUUCCCAGGGCAGGGGCCAGUCUGGUGGCAUGAGUUCAUUACAAGGUCUUCCUUCACUAACAGGAGACAGGGGUACCAGUGGCAGGAAGUCUCCGCAAGGUGAGCCGUCUGAGAAUUUACGUGCCAUGGAUAAACGGAUGUCUGACCUGGGUCUUGAUGGUGAUGGACAGGACUAUUCUUAUGAAGAUGAUUUUGUGAGUGAAGGACAUAGUAUGAGUCAGAAGAGUCCAAGAACCAGGUCAGAGGCUCAGAAUGGCAGCAUCGCAGAGGAGAUUGAGGAAGACCUUGAUGAUCUUUCCAUUGAAGGAGAUGAUUUGUUACGCAGUGAGAAAAGUGCAUUUGAUGAUAUGACCACAGAUAGGACAAUAUCUCAACAUGAGACGGGGUAUGAUUACAUCGAAGAUUUACAAGACUGAGAGAUAAUGUCAUCAACUGUGUGCAGUAACGAUAACGAGCAUUAUAGUGUCAAAACUUAUUAUACAAUCUUUAAUGAUGAUUAAAUAGUAAACCAGGAGAAUAAACAUUGUGUAAGUCACAUUGUAACUGGGUAUAAGCUCAAGCUUGAUAAGAAAUACUGAGUUUUUUGAAGGAACUUGAUAAUAGAAUUGUUUUAUUCCAAAAUAUUUUAACCAUAUUUCCUGCUAUGAAAAUUAUGAUAAGUGUUUUGUUGCAUUCACUUUUUUUUAAAAAGUAAAGAUUAACUCAUGUUGAAAGAUGAUGAAAUAUAAAUUAAUAGGAAAGUUCCAUUGAAGAGUAGAUGGAGGCAUUUCCUUUGUAUGAUGAAGAUUUUUUAUCUUUAAAAAAUAACGCAAAAAAGAAACAAAAGCAAGGUAACAAGUAUGUUGGCUCAAAGUUUAAUUUCUACAAUUUUUUUACGGUGAUUGUGCUCAAAUAGAACUUAAUAAGUUAAAUAAUAGAAUUUAUGUAAUUUGUAUGUAGUUUAAAUUUAGAAAAGUAUGAUUAACUACUGUAGAUUAAGUAUUGUCAAAAGUAACCAUAGUUCAUUUUUUUGUAGGAAAAAAGAAAGUUUAGUCAAUUUUGGUUUACUUUUUUUGUUAUCUUUAUAAAAAAAAGCAGGAAUAUUUUAGGACUUCAUGUAAAGUAAUUGUAAAUUAAAUCUAAUAACAGAGGAGAAAAGACCAUUUUGUAAUAAACUCCUCAUAUUUACACAUGUAUUACGGUCAUUAAGAAGGGUUUGGUUAUGUGUGAAAAAAUUAAUGUAUAAACGAAGUCUUCAAAUAUAAUUAUUUUCUAUUAUAGACUAUAGUACUUGUAUGUGACAUCUGUGUAAAAAUUCUGUGUAAUAUUUAUGAUAAACUAUAUGAAAUCUAUUUGUGACAUAAGAUUUGUGCCAAGUAUGUUUUAUGUAUACUAAAAGUAUAAAAAUUUUCCUUCUGUGAUUUGCUGACCAUUUGUUAGAUAAACAUCAUGAAUAAUCAUAACAACAGACAUGUGCUCUUUUGUUAACAAACAUGUUGUGGUGAAAUUCAGACAGACAUAUAAUUCAAGCUUUUUUCAUGGUGAAGCUAAUAUCAGUUUAUUCUUAAUUGAGUACACCCUCGAAAUUCACAGUACAAUGAAUAUGUAUAAUUUAUAGUUAUGGGUUCAAACCCUGUUGGGGGCAAGUCUUUGUUUCAUUGAGCAAGAAACUUUAAACUCAUUGCUCAGUACUGGUUAUUUCCAGGAACGGACUAGAAAGAGUGUCUUUAAGCUUAUAGCUUCCUACACAAUCAAACUAAAUAAUUUUUGUAGAAACCAGUUAAAGAUAAAAGAACCUGUAUGUUUAUCGAAAUUUCUUUCUUGAACAGAACUUUUAAUAUAUUUAUUUUUAGAUUAUAUGAAAAGGGAAUGAAACUGUACAGAGAAUUUUCUUUUCUGACAUAUUUUACAAUGCACUCUCAUAGAAAAAGAAACAAAACCUCUGAAAUUUUUAUUACAUUUUCAAUGGAUUUUAUUUUUGAAUUGUAAGUUUAUUCAAGGGCAUGCUUAACAGGUCAGUAGAUUUCAGAAGGAAAGAUGUUUUGAUUUAUUUUGUAUCGUGGACCUUAUGUCUCUUUGUACAACAUAAUUCAUUUAAUAACAUAAUAAUAUUUUACUUUACUAUAAUCUCUAUUCUUAUGUUGUAAAGUCUGUAUUACCUAUAAUAGAAGUUAUACAAUAGAAAAUGUGUUGAAGCAGCAGUAGUCCUUACUUGUGCAAAUUUUUGUGAAAAUUUAGGAGCAAUUUUGUUAAGUUUAAAGAUAUAAAAAGAACAAAGUAUUGUAAACUAGUAUAAGGCACAGUUGUGAAUCUACAAACUUCCAAAAUUAUUUCAAAAAUACAUGUAUGCUAAUGAUAGCACUUACUCUGUAACAGUGUAGAAGUAUAAGGUUGAACAUUCUAAAUUAAUUUCUAUACUGCAUAAAGCAAAAUGUAAAAUGUUGUAUAAACUGUGAUUAUUUAUACAUUUCCUAAGUAUACUUAUUAGUGCAUUUGAGUUUUUAUUACUUUGUUCACUGAUUUGGAGACUUGCAGCUUUAAAGCCAAUUUGUCUGUAAUGGAAGGUCUGUAAAACAAAGAAUAAUUAAGUUGAUAGUAUUUAGUAUGGGACAUAAUAACAAACCAUGAAAAUAAUUAUGCUUGGAAGUUUUUAGCUAGUGUGAGAUGCAUAAUCUGAUAUUACAUGUAUCUAUAUAGCAGAUGAUAAAGUGUUCUAGAAAAAAAUGUUAUUCUUCAGCAGAUAAAUGGUCAAUCUAAAUAACUUGGAACUUUAUCAACAUUUCUUUUAUAAGACUACUUAAAUGAUACAUUUAUAUUGUUUUUAUCAAUAUUUGAUACACUAAUGGAAAAUUCAAAUGUGCCCAUUGUAGACCUGUUCACUAACUAUGAAAUGUUAACAGCAUUUUUAUACUUGAAGGAAAAGGAAAUUGUAUUUUCUUUGAUAGUUUGAUA